ACAGUUUUUAUUCAAGAUGGCGAACGUGCGGGAUAGCGACAUUUCUCUGUGGCUACAUAAUAAGCUUGGUACAUCAAACGAUUCAUGGAUUAGCGGUUCUAUCAUAUCACAGCUGAACAAGGAAGUCCUGCGGAACAUCAAGGAGUGUUUUCCGGAUCUACAGACGCAGGUGAAGCUGAAACUGCUGCUUAGUUUCUUCCAUAUUCCGCGGAGGAUAGUCGAAGAGUGGAAAACCGAACUCGAGGAAGUGAUUGAAGUUGCUGGUCUCGAUUCAGAAUUAUGGGUUUCAAUGGUAGCGGAAACGAUCAAAACAUUGCCAACGACGGGUUCUUUAAAUACAGAAAUAACCGACUACGAAGAAACACGACCCAUAUUCACCGAUAUGGUGAACGAGUUGCGGCGACUAGUUGUAAAAAAUGCCGAUCUGGGUUUGCUGCCCCUCGAGUGUCAGUAUCUCAACAAAUCCGCACUGGUAUCAGUUGUGGGCCAACAAUCGACUCCGGUUAAGCAUUUUACACUGAAACGGAAACCAAAAAGCGCAAAUCUGCGAGCGGAACUGUUGCAGAAAUCAUCCGACGCGCAGAGUUGCUUGAAGAAGAUUUCUGCUCCAACAGUGCCUUUACGAUCACGGGGGAUUCCACGAAAAAUGACGGACACGACACCGCUGAAAGGAAUACCUUCGCGGGUACCAACAGGUGGAUUCCGAUCGCCACCGUCAUCACAAGGACAAAACCGACCGAAUUUGAGUCGAACUAUUGCCGGCAAGAAGGAAGGAGGUGUGAAACUAUUGGAAAUUGGUGAACAACCUUUGGGCUACGCUGCUGCCAAGAAACGGAAACGAGAACAGGAACGAGAAGAACAACAGAAGAAAGCGGCCGAACAGGUGACGGUACAGACUACACAGGAUGUUAAACCGGUUAUCGUGUCUCCUACGACACCAACGGUUACUACCACUACUCCGGACUAUGCGGCUGGGCUAACGGCUACUACGGUUUACAGUCAACCUGCGACACCGAUGCCGGCGACAACAAUAAAAGAAAAUGUGAUUUCCACUGCUGUUUCUACCAUGCAAAUUCAGCAUCCACCUCUGGAUAUCAAGCAUGAGAUCAUGGAGGAAAUCAAGCAAGAACCAAUGCUGAGCGGUGCGGUACAGUCCAUUCCCAUAGUGUCGUCAACUGCGAUGUUGCAAACAUCAGUGCCUCCUGUGCCACCUUUAGCUUACACAACACCCCAAGCACAGAAAAUUACCAUCAAAUCCGAGACGAAUGCACCGAUAUCAAUCUCCAAUCCACCGUCGUUGGUUCGAACAGUCACACUUCCCUCGAGUACACAGAUUAAGCAGCAACCACAACAGCAGCUUCCGACCGUGCCGAGUUCAGUACAAAUGAUCCAACAAAGCGCGACCGGAGGAUCGCUGAUUGCGACUAAAAGUGCCAUUGGUGGUCCACCUAAAAUUGAAAUCAUCUCGUCCAAAACAAUUCAACCAGGAACGAUACAGGCAUCGAUUCCGAAGUCGACAACGAUUAUCAAUCAAGGUGGAAAUAUUUUGUUCACCACUAAACAGGUACAGCCGAACGUAACCGCUGCAAGUCCAGGAGCUACCAUCAUUCAACAAAAACCAGGUUUGCAGUCAUACGUGCUGAACACUUCCCCACCCGGAAAACAAAUCAACAUCCAAAGAAUUAUCACAAAUGCGAAUGCAACUUCCACUCCGACAUUGACAACCACAAUUUCGCGUGCUCAGCAUCAACAGCAGCUCCUGCAGGCUCAACAACAGCAACAACAAAGUCAGCAACCAACAACGCCUACUCGAAUCGUUCAAAUUAAGACCGCUCCAACGGUUUCUCUCAACAAUAAUCAAAUGCUACAAAACAUCCCUCCACUAAUAUCAACUCAGCAUCCAGGAUCGGCGAAUCAGCCAACCAUUCUCAACAUACAAUCGAUACAACAGCAACAACAGCAACAGCAGCAGCAACAACAAAUUCAAAUCCAGCAGCAACCUACAACCCCUCAAAAACGAACCAUCACCAUAACUGCGCAGAACCCGCAAAACAACAACAUGAUCGCCACAUCAGUGGCUCAAAUUCUGCAGCAACAGCAAUUCCAACAGCAGCAGCAACAACAACAAACUGUUCAAACCACUUCGAUUAUGACGGGAAGCACCCAGCAACCAAAGUAUGCCCAGGUCGUAAUGUCUCCGAACGUGAAAGGCAAAACUAUUUACCUAACCAACUCAUCCAACAUCCCCAACGUGUUGAACCAGAAAGGAGUCAUCCUACGUACGGUGGAUCCUUCCGGGAACACUGUUUACCAGCAAAUCCCUUUGCAAAACGUGUCCGGUUUGGGUGGUGCCACUAUUCUUACCAGCGGUGGUCCUCCCGGUCUAGUGAAAUCCGAGCCUGACACAAAAUCGCAGCUAAGUCAAAUCCCAGCCUUAGUCCCCACCAGUUCCUUGCAUCAAAACAUCCCAGCCUUGACACCGGUCGUGCUUCAACCAUCUCAGCAACAGCAGCAGCAGGCAAGCACCAUCCCGGCCCUUAUCACUAAUAUUUCCGGGCAAGCUCAGCAGCAGCAUCACCUUCAACAGCAACAAAUCAAAACCUCACCCCAAACAAUGACCAUAAUACGGCCGGUCGGUAGCAACAACGUUCAAACGACGGUUCUGCCGCAGGGUUUGACGCUUAUACAGCGACCCGGUCAACAACCGCAGUUAGUGCAAACCAUUCAAGCCAACCAGGGUCAACCACAGGUGGCUAUUGCUCAACAACAGCAGCAGCAGCAACCACAAACCCGGACCAUCAUCACCCAAAUUCCGCAGCAGCAGAUACAGCAACAUCAGCAGCAGCAACAUCACCUUCAGACCCAACAACAACAACAACAGCAGCAGCAGCAGCAACAACAUACGAUACAGUUCCAGGCAGCCGGAGCACCGCGAGCAGGUGGGACCACUAUUCAGCUGGUGCAGCAGCCACAGCAAGAUCGUACCAUUGGUCAGCAGCAGCAAACUCAGCAGAUACAGAUCCAACGGACACAGAUAGCUCAACAGCAACAGCAGCAAGGUACUACAGUCACAAUCCAACAGCAAAACGCUGUGACAAUGGGACAACAGCAAACACAGCAGCAAGGUGCCCGGAAAGGUCUUUCCCUUUCGAAUAAGCACGUCAUGGAAGCGCACGAUAUGUUCAAACGGGCCAAUCGUGUGACCCGUCUGGAUAAAGCGCUUAUACUCGGUUUCAUGGCCGGCUACCGGGACAAUCCAAGGCCUAAUCCGGAGAAUGUUGUCACCAUCAAACUGAACGAAAGCAAGGAAAAAGUCCUCCAGGCAGACGACACGCAGGCGUUGAUGCUGGUGGAAUCUUUAAUUACGCUUGACUACAACACGGGCGAGUGGAAAACGUUCCGAAAGUACCGCGAGUUGGAUCCAUCUCAGCAGCACGAAAUGAGUCCCAGCACGACUGGCGGAACGCAAGGUGGGCCAGCAACUGCCCAGCAGAAUUCAGUAGUUAUUUAAUGUUUAGCAUAGCGUGAAAAUCGUGAUAGUAAGAAAAAAGUAGAUUGAGCGAAAAAGUGUGAAUGGAAAUUUAUUGUAAAAAACGGGACGUACAAAAAAACGUCGCGAAUUCUCGAGUAUUUUAGAUGACAUAUAAGUGAAAUGUGGGCAAAUUAUACAUUCAUCUCAUGAAAUAAAACCUAUCCUGUCAAGGACAUUUAGUACUGUGCUUAUAGAGUAUAUGAAUGGUAUAAAAACAAUACAUGGACGAAAAACAAACAAUUGAAUCAGAAGCGAAUAUAUUAUGAUACAACAAUAAUAGCAACGGUUAGACGUCAUUGCGUUGCAAUAGUAAAUGUCAUUUCUGCAAAAUUCGACAGGCGUGUUGUUUUCUAGUACACAGUACACCGUUCUAGCAUUCAAAUGAAGCUAAUGUUUAUGUUUCGUUCCGUUUCCGAAUUCAGGAUUAACGAUAAUACGCUUUUUGGCCCUGACCGGUCUCAGAAUAGGCUAGCCGUUUACGAUAGAAUUGUGGUUUAGUAUAUCUGAACACGAUAAAUGCUGCUUUUUGUAUCUGUAGAGAGUACAGAACGGCAAAUUACGCGUACGUAGUUGUAGAUUCGCGACACAAUAGGUUUUAUGUUAGUAAAAUAUUGAGUAAUAAUGUAAUUACUAUUAUAAAGAAACUAAUAAUUAUAAACAAACAUUAUUUUAUCAUGCAUAGGCUGAACUGUCAUAAAUGUGUAUAUUCCAAUAGUUGCAUAUA